GUCUUUUGGGAUCCAUUGCUUUUCAGCUCACAAGUCAUUGGGCUAGUGAUUAAGACUGUUUGCUUUAUUGUGGUAGUAAUUGUCCACUGGAGGAUUUAUAUAGUCUUAAAGCGACACGUAAUCCAGAUUGAAGGCCUUCAAAUCCAAGAAGUACAACAGGGAGUUCAAAAUGGCGACUUAUCAAACUUUUUGAAGCUUCGAAAGUCAGCUCUUGGAACAUUUUUUGUAUGUAUUGUGUUCUUAAUUUGUUAUUUGCCUUGCUAUAUUCUCUCUUUUUUACUCCUAACUCACCUUUUAAGUUCAAUCUCUUUUUACGAAGCUCGGCUCUAUGUAAUGACUAUGUUUUUCCUUAACUCGUCUUUGGACCCUGUUAUAUACUGCUGGAAGAUGGGACCCAUUCGUCGCACUCUCAUGGACAUAAUGCGAGGCAUCAUCAAUCGGUUCAGAGAAUAACAGUUCGUUUCUGAUACCGAUUCACAAUGCAUAAGUUAAAAGCCUCGGCCACGGUAAUGUAAAACUUGAUUUGUAAAAAGUACCUAAGGAAAACUAAUGGAUGACGAACUUUAACGGUUAGGAAAAUUACGCAAUGGAGUUUUAUAGAGUCAAGCGUAAGAAAGUAUCAGUUGCUAGUUUCAAGCGCAUUUUGUAUGAGAAAUUUAUAAAUAACUAGAAAGCUUCCUCGCUACUCGAAUCAUUUUAAGGUUGUCAUCAAUUAAUGUAUGUAUUUGUACUUGUCGAUAUGAUAAUAAAUUUAUAACCUUGUUAAGUGUAUAGCUUGUGAAUUAAAUACAAAACGGAUUUUUAGGUCGCUUUAUAGUGUAAUAAGUGCCACGAGUUCAUCAGUGUUUUUACUAUAGUUAAAUAUAACCCACUUUGAAUAAAGCCUUUGCUUACUUACGAUCACGCAUAGACUUCUAGAAUUUAGUUGUGCGGUUUUUGAUAUAAAGAAUAAUACUAAGUUGACUUGACUUGAUGGUUGUCCAUUCGACUAAAAGUCUCAACCUUGUCAACAAUAACCCGGGCACUUACUAACUUAGGCAAAGACAGAAGGCUAUACAUUUUAUGCUAAUUACACAAAGUAGAAGGAGCUCUACGCCUUUCACUCGGACGGUUAGUCCGUUUUGAAAAAUUUAGACUCAAUUUUCACUUUUUUAAUUGUACCCUGCACCAAUCACCGCUGUUUUCGGCUAUCCUGGUUUUUUUUGUUGCUAUCUUUGAACUUUCAUCAGUGUUUGUCUGUAAACAAAUACUUAUUCCAAAAGAGAAGAUUCCCUUUGGAGCUGAAUAGACCUCAAAUAACAUGACAUAGCUUCUUAAUAACUCCAGUCGGUGGAAGACGUGUUGGCUAUGUACUCAGAAUGACGUUAGACUCCAACCUCGCUCCCAGGAGGAGGCUGGCUAGAGUCAGACCACAUAUAUCCGGAUUGCGAAUCACACGCUCAGAUCCACUUUAGUGCUCUCUGCCAUUCUAAGAAAAAUCAGUGAUACAUAAAGUUAACGCUCUUGUGGAAAUUCUCACUUAAGUCAGUUGCCACUAACCGAUCGACAAGGAAUGCCCAGAUUCCUCAGAUCUCCCUGUACAGAUCCACCACAGGGAAAAAAAAAUGUAUUUUAACGUUUUGAGAGAUCAUUUAAUUUCUUAUUUCAUAUUAAUUUUUCAUUUAAUUUGUUUGUAUAUAUGUAUUUUUAACUUUACCAGCUGAUUAUUCAGAGAGAAAAAUAAAGGAAAGUCAUUUUUUUGUUUAUCGGUAAAGUCGCGACUGGAUCUAAUUGCUUCGGAGUAGCUGACAGAUGGACUAAAAUUUUCGACCAAUCACUUUACAGUGUAAAGAGAAACUAAUACAAUCCCUGAUUGUCUUUGACACCGCUCAUUUGCAAACUACUCUUUACCUCUGGACGAAAUAAAUUUAUAGUCCUGUCAUUGGCCGAUUCGUUGUUUUUCAUUCCUUCGUUACUUUCUGAGCCUAACAGGCUAAAGUCUUUAAUAUUCUAAACACAAUAUUGUAUUUUUCACACUUAAUUUACAUCUAUUGAUGUCACAAAAAGCCGGCCCUCAUUUUUAAUUUACAUCUGUCGUCAGCAUAAACAAUAGUCAAACUCCUGUAUUCUUUUUGUUUGGCGCUUGAUGCAGAAUGAUUGUUUGAUAAAUGUGUUAUCUGUAUUUCUUUCGGUUGAAAUGUCUAAAAAUAUUACAUGGCCAUUGCUAGACUUUUUCGGAGCUAUGUGCAGCUGUUCAUGAACUGAAAUGGAUCCGGGACUUGUGAGGAGGUAGUCAAAGUGAGAGCCGAACGCGGUUUGCGUCUGUAAAGGGGGGAGGGCUAUCUGUAAUAAUCUACCACCGGAAAAUAUUCCCAAGCUACGCAAAAACGAUUAAAAAAUAAACCGGUAUUAUCGCAGUUUAGUAAGUUUGCCGAAGAUUCUAAAUACCUCCGAGAUCCGCCACAAAUGAGUGCAUAAUUUAUUCGUAAUAAUUAUUUGGGUCUCUCUCCCCACCCCUCAUCAACCAUAAAAUAUUUGGUCUCUGAAGUGUAUUAAGUGUUUUCAGGCGAACUUAAUAAUAAAGAAGUAUAUGUCAAGCGCUCUUUAAUUUAACUGACUAUAAUGUUUCGUUUAUUCAUUUUGAUAGAUGAAAAAUAUGUUAAUGACAGCCUUCCUUCAAAUAACUUUUUCCAGGUAUAAAUCCCAUGUUUAGUUAAAAUGUCUUGAAGUAUUAAACAGAUAAUUUGUAUUAAUUCUAACGAACGCUGAAUUAAAGCGAUGCUCGAUGCUUUUUUCAAAAAUUCAAAUGCAGGAGUUGAAGACAUCUUGACUGUACGUACAGAUGGCUUCGAUUGUGUUAUAUGCUUGUGAUUGACAGCUACAUAUGAAUUCAAAUUUUCCGUUUUAGAAUCGGAAAUUAUCAGAGUCACAGUAGUUUUAACACUCAGCUCUCAUGGCGGAUAACGUUUGCGACCUUCUCAACAAAUCUUUUUUCGGAACCUCUACGGAUGUUGAAGAUUUUCGUUCGGCACUCGUCGCUUAUUGUGUCUUCAACAGCUGUUUGUGUUAUACAACUUUCAUUUUGAACAUCGUUACCAUCCAUGCGAUAAGGAAAACUGCGUUGUUGCCAAAACCUUUGAGAACAUUAUUACUUAGCCUGGCUGCCUCCGAUGUCGGCGUUGGUUUGUUGGCACAGCCGCUCCAUAUUUUUAUUCUAGUCAGCUGGUUAAAUCGAAAACGUAUCGACUGCAUUUCAUAUAAGAGAUUGAUGGCCAUUAUGAAAUUCUUUUGUGUAUCUUCGCUCUUUAAUGUUGUAACCAUAGGUGUGGACAGGUUCUUAGCUGUUCAUCUUCAUCUCAGAUAUCAAGAGCUUGUAACUCACAAGCGCGUCAUUGCAGCGGUGAUAUCAAUAUGGCUGUUAAGCGCAAUUAUUUCUUCUAGUGUCUUUUGGAAUCCAUUGCUUUUCAGCUCACAAGUCAUUGGGCUAGUGAUUAAGACUGUUUGCCUUAUUGUGGUAGUAAUUGUCUACUGGAGGAUUUAUAUAGUCUUAAAGCGACACAUAAUCCAGAUCGAAGGCCUUCAAAUCCAAGAAGUACAACAGGGAGUUCAAAAUGGUGACUUAUCAAACUUUUUGAAGCUUCGUAAGUCCGCUCUUGGGACAUUUUAUGUAUGUAUUGUGUUCUUAAUUUGUUAUUUGCCUUGCUAUGUUCUCUCUUUUUUACUCCUAACUCACCUUUUAAGUUUAAUCUCUUUUUACGAAGCUCGGCUCUAUGUAAUGACUAUGUUUUUCCUUAACUCGUCUUUGGACCCUGUUAUAUACUGCUGGAAGAUGAGACCCAUUCGUCGCACUCUCAUGGACAUAACGCGAGGCAUCAUCAAUCGGUUCAGAGAGUAACAGUUCGUUUCUAAUAUCGAUCACAACGCAUAAGUUAAAUAAAGUUAUACCUUGUUAAGUGUAUAGCUUGUGAAUUAAAUACAAAACGGAUUUUUAGGUCGCUUUAUAGUGUAAUAAGUGCCACGAGUUCAUCAGUGUUUUUACUAUAGUUAAAUAUAACCCACUUUGAAUAAAGCCUUUGCUUACUUACGAUCACGCAUAGACUUCUAGAAUUUAGUUGUGCGGUUUUUGAUAUAAAGAAUAAUACUAAGUUGACUUGACUUGAUGGUUGUCCAUUCGACUAAAAGUCUCAACCUUGUCAACAAUAACCCGGGCACUUACUAACUUAGGCAAAGACAGAAGGCUAUACAGUUUGUGCUAAUUACACAAAGUAGAAGGAGCUCUACGCCUUUCACUCGGACGGUUAGUCCGUUUUGAAAAAUUUAGACUCAAUUUUCACUUUUUUAAUUGUACCCUGCACCAAUCACCGCUGUUUUCGGCUAUCCUGGUUUUUUUUGUUAUCUUUGAACUUUCAUCAGUGUUUGUCUACCACAGCAAACAAAUAUUUAUUCCAAAGAGAAGAUUCCCUUUAGAGACCUCAAAUUACAUGACGUAGCUUCUUAAUAACUUCAGUCGGUGGAAGACGUGUUGGCUAUGUACUCAGAAUGACGUUAGACUCCAACCUCGCUCCCAGGAGGAGGCUGGCUAGAGUCAGACCACAGAUAUCCGGAUUGCGAAUCACGCGCUCAGAUCCACUUUAGUGCUCUCUGCCAUUCUAAGAAAAAUCAGUGAUGCAUAAAGUUAACGCUCUUAUGGAAAUUCUCACUAAAGUCAGUUGUUACUAACCGAUCGACAAGGAAUGCCCAGAUUCCUCAGAUCUCCCUGUACAGAUCCACCACAGGGAAAAGAAAAAUGUAUUUUAACGUUUUGAGAGAUCAUUUAAUUUCUUAUUUCAUAUUAAUUUUUCAUUUAAUUUGUUUGUAUAUAUAUAUAUAUAUAUAUAUAGGUAAUUUAGUGUAAACAACUGAGUUGAAAACAUAAAUUGGCCACCGUAAAGAGUGUAAAGGCUAACGUUUCGAGCGUUAACUCAUCGUCAGAGCGAUUGAAGGAGUUGUGGGUUGUGUGUGGGUUUAUAUGUAGACAAUGGAGCUACACUAUUAGUGGAAAUGUGGUGACGAGAAAACAAGAAUAAAUUAGUUGAAUGAAAAGCGCUCGUUGAUACCGUGGGAUUAAGAGUGCCGAUUUGGAAGAAACAUUUUUGUUCUUGUGUUUUGCGGCUUUCCGAGCUGCCUAAAUGUAGGGAAAGGCCGGAAACUGCCAUAUGCUUUAUAGAAUAAGUGGGGAGAUUAACGUGUCUGGCGACUGGUUUGGCUGCGUCCUAGUCAUUUCUUUCAACUUCGCGAAGGUGUUCUCAGAAUCGGCCACGUAGUCGUCUGUAUUCAUAUGAUUGCACGUAUAGAUGGUUGCAUAAUACAUUGCACCACAUAACACUUUUUGUCUAGUAUAAUGGCACAAGAUUCAGAUUCAGUUUUCUUAAACGUUGAAUUAUUAGGGUUCUGCUUUUUUCAAUUCUACCUGAAUUCAACACUCUCUAUUUGCUAUAGUGGACAAAUUUUUUAACUUUACCAGCUGAUUAUUUAGAGAGAAAAAUGAAAGAAAGUCAUUUUGUUUGUUUAUCGGUAAAGUCGCGACUGGAUCUAAUUGCUUCGGAGUAGCUGACAGGUGAAGCAAAAUUCUCGACCAAUCACUUUACAGUGUAAAGAGAAACUAAUACAAUUCCUAACUGUCUUUGACACCGCUCAUUUGCAAACUACUCUUUAUCCGUGGACUAAAUAAAUUUAUAGUCCUGUUAUUGGCCGAUUCGUUGUUUUUCAUUCCUUCGUUACUUUCUGAGCCUAACUGGCUAAAGUCUUUUUCAUAUUCUAAACACAGUAUUGCAUUUUUCACACUUAAUUUACAUCUUUGUGCAUUCUGCACAAAAAAGCCGGCCCUCAUUUUUAAUUUACAUCUGCCGUCAGCAUAAACAAUAGUCAAACUUCCUGUUUUCUUUUUGUUUAAGCGCUUGAUGCAGAAUGAUUAUUUGAUAAAAUGUCUUAUCUGUAUUUCUUUCGAUUGAAAUAUGUAAAAAUAUUACAUGGCCAUUGCUAGACUUUUUCUGAGCUAUGUGCAGCUUUUCAUGAACUAAAGUGGAUCCGGGACUUGUUAGGAGGUGGUCAAAGGGAGAGCCAAAUGCGGUUUGCGUCUAUAAAGGGGGGGAGGGCUAUCUGUAAUAAUCCACCACCGGAAAAUAUUCCCAAGCUACUCCAAAACGACUAAAAAAUAAAUCGGUAUUAUCUCAGUUUAGUGAGUUUACCGAACAUUCUGAAUACCUCCUAGAUCCGCCACAAACGAGUGCGUAAUUUAUUCGUAAUAAUUAUUUGGGUCUCUCUCCCCACCCUUCAUCAACCAUAAAAUAUUCGGUCUGUAUUAGGUGUAUUCAGGCGAAUUUAAUAAAGAGACACUUGUCAAGCGCUCUUGAAUUUAACUGACUAUAAUGUUUCGUUUAUUCAUUUUGAUAAAUGAAAAAUAUGUUAAUGACAGCUUUCCUUCAAAUAACUUUGUUCAGGUAUAAAUUCCAUGUUUAGUAAAAAUGUCUUGAAGCAUUAAACAGAUAAUUUGUUUUAAUUCUAAGCAACGCCGAGUUAAAGCGACACUCGAUGCUUUUUUCAAAAAUUCAGAUGCCAGAUUGUGUUCUAUCCUGGUUAUUGACAGCUUCAUAUGACAUAAAAUUUUCCAUUUUAGAAUCGGAAAAUAUCACAACCACAGUAGUUUUAACGCUCAGUUCUCAUGGCUGAAAACGUUUGCGACAUUCUCAAAGAGUCUCUCUCUGGAACCUCUGCGAAUGUUAGAGGUUUUCGUCCGGCACUUAUCGCUUUUUGUGUCUUCAACAGCUUUUUGUCUUAUACAGCCAUCAUUUUGAACAUUGUUACCAUCCAUGCGAUAAGGAAAACCGCGUUGUUGCAGAAACCUUUGAGAACAUUAUUACUGAGCCUGGCUGCCUCCGAUGUUGGCGUUGGUUUGUUGGUCCAACCGCUCUACAUUUCUAGUUUGGCCAGCUUGUCAAAACAAAAACGUAUCGACUGCAUUUACUACAAGGGAUUGUCCGCCGUUAUUAUUUUCUUUGGCACAUCCUCACUCUUUAAUGUUGUAAUCGUAAGUGUGGACAGGUUCUUAGCUGUUCAUCUUCAUCUCAGAUAUCAAGAGCUUGUGACUCACAGGCGCGUCAUCGCAGCGGUGAUAUCAAUAUGGCUGUUAAGCGCAAUUAUUUCUUCUAGUGUCUUUUGGGAUCCAUUGCUUUUCAGCUCACAAGUCAUUGGGCUCGUGAUUAUGACUGUUUGUCUAAUUCUGGUGGUAAUCGUCUACUGGAGAAUUUAUAUAGUCUUAAAGCGACACAAAAAUCAGAUUGAAGGCCUUCAAAUCCAAGAAGUACAACAGGGAGUUCAAAAUGGCGACUUAUCAAACUUUUUGAAGCUUAGAAAGUCAGCUCUUGGAACAUUUUAUGUAUGUAUUGUGUUUAUGAUUUGUUAUUUGCCUUCCUAUAUUCUCUCUUUUUUAUUCAUGGCUCGUCCUUUAUACGAAGCUCAGCUCUAUACAACAACUUUGGUUUUCCUCAACUCGUCUUUGAACCCUGUUAUAUACUGCUGGAAGAUGAGACCCAUUCGUCGCACUCUCAUGGACAUAAUGCGAGGCAUCGUCAAUCGGUUCAGACAAUAG